CUGAUUUGAAGUCUUGCUGGAGAAGCCUGAAAAAGAAGAGCAAGGCGGUAUCAAAACAGCCUCAGAUAGUAGGUGACCUUCGGUGUUGGCUUCCUGCAGAAUCCAGAGAAACAGACCUGCUCAGCGGGAUGGGCUGGAAGCUCACACAGCAGCAGUUUGUGGCCCUUCUGUGGAAGAGGCUGCUGAUUGCCAGACGGAGUCGGAAGGGAUUCUUUGCUCAGAUCGUCCUGCCAGCUGUGUUUGUCUGCAUUGCCCUGGUGUUCAGCUUGAUCGUGCCCCCCUUUGGCAGGUACCCCAGCCUGGAACUUCAGCCCUGGAUGUACAACGAACAGUACACAUUUGUCAGGUGCGUGUUUGCCUUCUGUGCCCCAGGAGAGAAGAGAGCUCAGGCAGACCAAGUGUUGACACUGCUGAGGGCCAAGGGGAUGUGGACUCAAGAGUAAC